AACGAAAUCACAGACAGAUAUACAACUCGUAAGACGUGGACUUCAACCAUGUAUGAUCUCUACUCAGCAUCGAUGAACUUUUCGUCUCCUUCAGCACAAUAUCCAAGCUACUAUCCGUAUAGUAACCCAUCMAACGAGCUGCAGUCAUGCAUGCAGCAAUCCGUGCAGCAAGAUUACCGAGGGUAUGAUCAAUACACCAUGAACAAUGUMCAACCAUCUAGCCUGCUGACUUCACGAGUACCUCCACUAUCACAUCCACCGUUAACAAUGGUUGAAACUGCRGACUAUCGAGGCUUUUAUGAUCAGUCGUUUCGUUAUAAGAAUUACCUACAGUCUCAGGCCUCUUAUUCCCCGCAGCAACUCAACCACUAUAUCACCCCAACAGAAAACGAGUACUGCGAUGAUUCRAGGAGUGAGAAAUCGUCCGACGUUGAUCAAGAUCUUGAGGCAGAUAAAAGUGAUGAUAACAAAUCGAAGAAGCGCAAAGAUCGCACCGUCUUCACCAAGUAUCAGUUGAUGGAGCUUGAGCGUGAAUUCACAAAGAACAACUACUUGACAAGACUGCGACGAUACGAAAUCGCCAUGGCGCUGGAUUUAGCCGAAAGGCAAGUAAAAGUAUGGUUCCAGAAUAGACGAAUGAAAUGGAAGCGAAUAAGAGGAUGCUCUUCAACAAAGAAAGUAACACAAGACAACAAGAAAGAGAAUUCAAGUUUAACUAGCGAUACUAUAAUUACUUGCUAGAGUUCUACAUUAUCAAACUAAUGACGAACUUAUAAUUAUGCUUAUUGAAAAGAGUUUGAUUAAGCGUUGAUGCUCGUACGUCUUUCAGGUUCAAUUUUAUAGUGAUUGCUAUUUUGUGUAAUGGAAGUGAACAUUCUUUUUCUUAAUUUUCUUUGCAUGGAUUUUAAUAGAUCUAUAAUAUGUAGUCGAGCUGAACUUUAACUAGUAAGAGAAUUAGACAUCUCACAAUGACCAUGCAUCCUUGUAAAUACAAUAUUUAUUGAAAUGGUUCGUUGUUAAUAAUAAUAAUACCAUUUAUUGCGAAAAUAAGAAUAUAAACUUUUCAAAUGAAAUGUAAAAAAGACUAUUGAUUGAUUUACUACUAAAUUACAAACAUCAAGAACAAUA